GUGCAGAUUGUGCAAGUCGUGCAACUCGUGCUUCGUCAAGUUGAGUGUGAACGCACGAGCCUGUUGAUUAAGACUGAACGAAGAAACAUAAUAAUUCAACUAUGGCAGAUGUAUUAGACAUUGAUAACGCAGAAGAGUUCGAAGUUGACGAUGAAGGCGAUCAAGGUAUCGCACGUCUAAAAGAAAAAGCGAAGAGAAGGAAAGGUAGAGGACAUGGUGCAGAAUUAGUUUCUACUCGCGAUGAUGUUGGUCAUUACGAGUCCAUGAACGUCGUCGAGGAAGAUGACGAUGAACCAGGCCCACAAAGAUCUGUAGAAGGAUGGAUUUUAUUUAUAAACUCAGUACAUGAGGAGGCACAAGAGGAUGACAUUCAAGACAAGUUCUCCGAAUUUGGGCAAAUUAAAAACUUGCAUUUGAAUUUGGACAGAAGAACAGGUUUCUUAAAAGGAUAUGCCUUAGUAGAAUAUGAAACAUUUAAAGAAGCUCAAGCAGCUAAAGAAGCUUUAAAUGGAACAGAAAUCUUAGGACAACCUAUUUCCGUUGAUUGGUGUUUUGUAAAAGGACCAAAGAAGAUCAAGAAGAGAAGUCAUAGAAGGCGAUGAAAAAAUGCAAUGUAUAUUAAGAUAAAUUUUUAUUUCCAUUACUCUAUAUGAAAUAAAGAUUGUUUUGUAUUUCAAAAAUAUUGUAAAGAACUAGAUGAUGGAAACAGUAUUUUGUCUAAAAUGCAUAAAUUUA